GGUUUACCAUUUCUUAACACCCACCACAAAACCACGCGCGCGUUGCGAGUUAGCUGCUGUUGAUCGAGUCUGUUCGAGUUUCAACUACGUAGAUUUAGUCGUCCUGCGGGAAGACGAUAUCAGAAGGGUUUUAAGGCUUUCCCCGCUACGGAGUUAAUCGGUACAUGUGAGUAAUUGCCGGAGUUGUAAUUGGAUGUUCGAACGGUGUAAAACAGAUCGGUUGCUGAUCGGUGCAUUUGUUAGAGCAAAUCAUACGCGGAUCACAUACCUAGUUGAUCAGAAAAUUUCCGCGUCUGGGAAAAAAUCCCCGACCGUGUGGCCGCGCACCGUAGCAAGUGUUGUUGAGUAAUAGCUGGUGGCAGCAACUGGCUAGGCAGUGGCUCUCCCAGGCAGUUGCAGCUGGCUAAAGUAGGAAGCACAAGCGCUAAUUGAAGUAGUCGUACUUCGAAAAGCAGCACUCCAACAACUACAUGCUUCGUUCGUGCGGUUCGUACGCGUUGAAAAUUGCGUAAAUUUCAAGGUCCCCUCCUGCCCAAGUGGCACGCUACAGGUUUAUCUCGGCUUCAAGUUCAAACUGCCAGUCGGAGGGUGCCUUACCUGAACCGAGUGAGCUAGCUGACAGGUAAACAAGACCGAACAUUGCCCCUGCGCCGGAUCGCAACCGAUCGAUCGAGAACUACUGUGGAACAUCGCUUGUCGAUUAAAAAACCGAAUCUUACAACAUUGGUGAAAUGCAAUUGAAUUCGUUAAAAAAUAAUUAAACGAAAAAAGCAGCAAGAGGAAAAUUGCCAUAAACAGGUGUGUCUUGGCGGGAGUGAUUGCAGUGUUAUCGUGCGUGUGCUUUCGCUUCGUUUGUUCCAUUAUUCAUUCAAUUUCGAUUUCAGCGCGAAGAAGAUAUACGUUAGGCCAAAUUAGUGUGAAAGAAACAACAAGACUGCACCUACAAAGAAGAAGAAGAAGAAGAAAAAUACAGCUGUUGUUUCGGAAGAAAGUAAAGUGUUGCAUCGAUAAAAGACGGGGUGGUGCUCAUAGCGAAAUAGUUGCGGCAGGCAGCAGAGGCAAAGCAGCAGCGUGCGAAUAGCCGAGCGUUUUCCAUUUUAAAAGCCAUGGACGUUGAAUCGGAAGGCGUCCAACCGGUGAGUGCCAACGGGAAUGGGCACUCAGCCGCCGCAGCCGUCAUCACCACAAUCGACACCGACGACACACACCAGGAGUUGGCCGCCCGGAGGCGAAUGUUCAUGUCACAGCCCUCGACGGUGGCCAUCCGACGGCAACAGGCGAUUUGCGUCCGGCGAGCACACAAGAUCUACGGCACCAAAAAGAACCCCAACGUCAUCCUGGACGGAUUGAACAUGACCGUGCAGAAAGGAUCGAUCUAUGGCCUGCUGGGAGCAUCCGGAUGCGGUAAAACCACCCUGCUCUCUUGCAUUGUUGGCCGACGGCGGUUGAAUUCCGGCGAAAUUUGGGUCCUCGGAGGUCGGCCGGGAUCGCGUGGCUCCGGAGUACCAGGGCCCCGAAUCGGCUACAUGCCCCAGGAGCUGGCCCUCUACGGAGAGUUUACCAUCCGGGAAACGUUAAUCUACUUCGGUUGGAUCAACGGGAUGACCAACGAACAGGUGGAUGAAAAAACCGACUUCCUGCUCAAGCUGCUACAGCUGCCGAACGCUUCCCGGUUCGUAAAGAAUCUAUCCGGAGGCCAAAUGCGGCGAAUGAGUCUGGCUGCAGCGUUGCUGCAUUCACCGGAGCUGUUGAUUCUGGAUGAGCCAACCGUUGGAGUGGACCCAGUUCUACGGCAGAGCAUAUGGGAUCACAUGGUGGAGAUCGUUAAGAACGGUAACACUGCGGUAAUCAUCACAACGCACUACAUCGAAGAAACCCGUCAAGCUCACGUAAUCGGGUUGAUGCGAGGUGGAAAGUUCCUUGCCGAGGAGUCACCCGCCGAACUGUUGGCUCAGUAUCAUGCCGAAUCGUUGGAGGAUGUCUUCCUGAAGCUGUCAGUUAUGCAAAACAUGGGCAAACGGCGCCGGUCGUCCAUUGCCCAGGAGGUCGUGGAAAACAUUCGGGUGCCGGCGAUAUCGAACCCGGCACUGGACUUGUCCCCGGAAGAAGACCACGGCGAAAUCUCCGGCGAGUUUGGCGAUAACAUUUCAAUGUCCUCGCGUGGUCCUGAUUCGAUCACACCGGAAAUUCAAGCUCCUCCGCUUCCACCGGAAGAAGAAACCAAAGUUCCCUUUAUCGAGUACUUCAAGUUCAUCAAACCGAUCCACAUGCAGGCACUGAUUUGGAAGAAUUUCUUAUGGAUGUGGCGAAAUGUUGGCGUGAUGGCGUUUAUCAUAGGACUACCGGUGGCACAGAUCAUCCUCUUUUGUUGGGCUGUUGGACAUGACCCUGUAGGUUUGCGAGUGGCAGUUACGAACCAUGAACUGCAACAGGCCAACCUUUCGACCGCUGAAUGCCCAUCGUACCCCGGAUGCAACUAUACUCUGCUGAGCUGCCGAUACUUGGAAAAUUUGAGAAACAGGAGUGUUGUUGUGCAACUGUUCGAUACCGAAGAAGAAACUCUGAAUCAGGUCAGUCGAGGAAAGGCGUGGGCAUCGAUGAUAUUCUCACACAACUACUCGGAAGCGCUGAUUGAACGCUCGGAAAACAUUCGCAGCGUCGAGGAGUGGACCCUGGAUGCGGCAAGCGUUGUAGUUAGCAUGGACAUGUCAAAUCAACAAAUCGGGAACUUAUUGUACAGGGAUAUUCAGUAUGCGUACUUCUCCUUCAUCGAAAGCAUCCUGUCGGAUUGUGACGUGAAUCCUUCCAACGGGAGGUUACCUAUACAGUGGAACAUGCCCAUCUACGGUGAUGUGACGCCCAACUUUACGGAUUUCGCUGCACCUGGAGUAAUUCUGACAAUCAUCUUCUUCCUAUCGGUGGCGUUGACCUCCGGAGCGAUGUUGAUCGAACGGAACGAGGGAAUCCUGGAGCGUUGUCUGGUGUCCGGUAUCACCGGGGUGGAGAUUUUGUUUUCCCACGUUACCACCCAGUUCCUGGUGAUGUGCGGUCAAACCGCACUGGUGAUCCUGUGCAGUUUCUACGUGUUCGAUCUAACCAUCCACGGGGAAAUCUUCUGGGUCGUCAUGCUGACCAUAAUGACGGGGUUGUGCGGAAUGUGCUUCGGCUUCGUCGUCUCAUGCUCGGUUGACAAUGAACGGUCCGCCACCUACAUGGCAAUGGGAAGCUUCCUGCCGAUCGUGAUGCUGUGCGGUAUCAUCUGGCCCAUCGAGGGCAUGCAUCCUGCGGUGAAGAUCUUCUCCGUCUUCCUGCCACUCACCAAGUCCACCGAGUCGCUCCGUUCGAUCCUGCAGCGAGGCUGGCUCAUCAGCAACCCAAACGUCUGGAUCGGAUUCGCCUCGACCGGAAUUUGGAUCGUGAUCUUCCUGACCAUCAGCAUACUGUUGCUCAAAUUCAAGAAGGGUUAAGCCCCGCGAGAUCUUGCUCACACCUAGGCUCUAGGGUACUACUGUUGAAGGCUUUCUAGGGUAAAUUUUAUCGGAAUACUUUUAGCUAGGAAUGAAUGACAAGAGAAGGAGACAUUUUUAACUAAGUAGUUCCAAACAUAUUGUACUUCAGUACGGAGCGAACUGACGAGUGGUAGUUGUAACGAUUUUAUCGUGUACCCAUCUAGAAUAGGCAAUAUAGCUGCAGUGUACAUAACCCAGACAUUUUUUUAUUUAUAAACACAAACAUUACACACUGUUGGACAAUUUAGGUCUGAUUCCUCUUUCGCAAAAAAAAAAUCUUAUGUGAUGGUCUAUUACAGAGUUUCUGUUUUCGUGUUACCAACUAUAAUGCGUUCAGUGAAGCGCCAGUUAAUAAAGUCAAUAAAUUCUACAAAA